AUGAUCACCCCAAACACCCGCGACGUCGAGGCGCUGAAGCUACCAAUACCGAGGACUGUCACCAUCGACGCUCCGAGCGCAGGGGGUAGCGGCGUUCCCUGGGGCCAGCGUCCCAUUCGCACCCUUUCUCGUCAUGAGAUCGUGGAUCCUCACACUCGUCUUCCCGUAGAAUUUCGAACCCUUAGCUUGCAAGUCGAACAUCGGAGCAGUUUCGGUGACAAUUCCGCAGGCCGCUCCAGGCAAGACACCGUCAAGGAAAUCAUAUCGCUCGAUUGGCACUCUAUCCCCCUUCAAGAGGCUUUCCAGAGGCUCUCAGUCUCUUCGAAAACAGGCUUAGAUUCUGCGCAGGUCCAACGCCGCAUAGUUGCGAAUGGUAGGAAUAUUAUAUCCCCUCCCAAGAGCAAUACUUUGCGGAAGGUUCUUGGCUGGGUUUUCGGUGGUUUUGGCAGUCUUCUUCUUACCGCUAGUGUCAUCUGCUUCAUAGCAUGGAAGCCACUCGGGGGCGAUCAUCCUCAGGCAUCCAACCUCGCCCUCGCCGUUGUUCUUCUCGUCGUUGUCGUCGUUCAAACGCUCUUCAAUGCUUGGCAAGAUUUCUCUACCUCCCGUGUCAUGGCAUCUAUCCAGGACAUGCUUCCUGUCGACGUUUUGGUCCUACGCGAUGGCGUGCAGACCAUCGUACCCGCUGCCGAUCUUGUCCCCGGGGAUCUAGCCUUCGUCGUCAUGGGCAAGAAGGUACCUGCAGAUUUACGGCUGAUCGAGGUUAGCGGGGAUCUGAGGUUUGAUCGAAGCGUGCUCACGGGAGAAAGCGAGCCAAUUUCGGGACGUUUAGAGGCGACCAAUGAUAACAUUAUGGAGACCAAAAACAUCGCACUUCAAGGAACACUUUGCGUGAACGGAUCUGGUAUCGGGCUUGUUGUUCAGACUGGUGAUCGCACGGUCUUCGGGCAAAUCGCCAAGAUGUCGUCUGCUUCCCCUACGCAAAUGACGACACUACAGCGCGAAAUCCUGCGCUUCAUCGUGAUCAUCGCUAGUGCUGCCACUCUAGUUGCCAUCAUAAUUGUCGUCCUGUGGGCUGCAUGGCUUAGGCGCAGAUUUCCUACCUUUCUCAACGUCCCAGGCAUCCUCAUUGAUGUGGUAUCAGUCAUGGUGGCAUUUAUACCUGAAGGAUUGCCUAUCGCUGUGACGAUCUCGCUCGCCAAAGUCGCUCACACACUCAGCAAAUACAAAGUUCUCUGCAAAUCGUUGUCCAUCGUUGAAACUCUGGGAUGCGUCAACGUUCUGUGCUCUGAUAAGACCGGAACUUUGACUCAGAACAAGAUGCACGUUCAAGAUGCGGCUGUAUUUGAUGCAAUCUUCACUACUUCGUCGUUGAUGGUUGAUAUUGGGAAAGCAAGCCCAGAAAUAGCCGAAAAUCUUCGUCAAUUGCCUACUGUGGCGGCGAUCUGCAACUCGGCAAAUUUCGAUCAAGCAAGUGCAUUGGGUGAAAGGAGCGUCAUUGGCGAUGCCACCGAUUCCGCUAUUCUGCGUUUCGCCGACUCAUUUAUACCCGUGGAUACCAUUCGAGGUCAUUGGCGACAGAUUUUCAAAAUCAAUUUCAACUCUAAGGCAGGCAGCACGCGAAUUGUCGCGGCACUGACGUCUUGGGACGCUUUCGACUCGGAGGACUAUCUCCUAGCCGUGAAAGGCGCACCUGAAGUUUUGCUCUCACGCUGCACGUCCGUGAUCAGUCCCACCGGUGGCAAACCUCUUCCGCUGUCUACAACUGUGCGAGAGCGCAUCAUUUCCGUUCAGGAGCACUGGGCUUCCCAGGGACGCCGAGUCCUUGUUAUCGCUCGUCGCAUUGUUCCCUAUCAUUGCAUCCCUAAGGAGGCCGAUCGUUUCUCGGAUGCAUUUGCACAGCUUAUCAACGACUAUAACUCGGAACUGACGAUCGUUGGGCUGGUCGGUUUGAUAGACCCCUUAAAGGCCGAUAUCCCAGAAACUGUCAGAAUAUGUCGUGGAGCUGGUAUUCGAUUUUUCGUUGUCACUGGUGAUCAUCCUGCCACAUCUGUGGCCAUUGCUGCAGAAGCUGGAAUUAUCAGCAAUCCAAAAGCUAUUCACCAUUUUUCCGACCUUGCUUCGCUCCUAAAUACGGGCGACUCUUCGGCCGCACCGCAUAGCAUUGUGAUCACUGGCUCAGAACUCGACGUUAUUACACCUUCCCAAAUGGAUCGACUGUGCAGUUACACAGAGAUCGUGUUCGCGCGCACGACACCUGAGCAAAAGCUCCGUAUCGUGCAGGCAUUGCAAGCGCGUGGGGGCAUUGUUGCCAUGACAGGCGAUGGUGUGAACGACGCACCCUCUCUGCGUGCUGCCGAUUGCGGGAUUGCGAUGGGGAGCGGGUCUGAUGUUGCUCGCGAAGCAGCGGAUAUGAUAUUGAUGGAGGAUUUCUCAGCCAUCGUUGUGGCAUUGGAGUAUGGACGGCUUGUAUAUGACAAUCUCAAAAAGACGAUCAUGUAUCUCCUGCCGGCUGGAAGCUUUUCCGAGCUGAUGCCAAUCCUCUUCAAUGUGUUGAUCGGUGUGCCACAAAUGCUGAGCAACAUUCAAAUGAUUCUUAUCUGCGUCGCAACGGAUGUCCUUCCCGCCCUGAGCAUGUGUUUUGAACCGCCUGAAAGCGGGUUGCUUUCUCGACCGCCACGCAACGUUCAUACAGACCGUCUUGCCGACUGGCGCCUUCUACUCCACGCUUAUGGCUUCCUCGGCGUCACGGAAUCUUUGGGGGCAAUGUCCAUGUCAUUCUGGUACCUCCAGCGAAAUGGCGUGCCCUUUUCUUCGCUUGCCCUCGGCUUCGGCAAUUGGCCCGGGCUGACGGACGAUCUUCUGUUCCGUGCGCAGAGUAUUUAUUUCUUCACGCUCGUCGUUAUGCAGUGGGGUAAUCUACUUGCCACUCGCAACCGCAAGUCGAGCAUCAUCACUCAACCACCAACUCCCCGUGUCAACCCUGCAGUUCUUCCCUCUGCUAUCUUAGCACUCGUCAUCGGAAUUUUCUUUUCCUACAUCCCGGUGUUCCAAAAGGUUUUCCAAACGCGCGGUAUUCCAGUCGAAUAUUUCUUCUUGCCAAUGGCGUUCGCGUUUGGGUUGCUGAUACUAGACGAAACGCGCAAGGUCGCCGUACGCUGCUGGCCACACGGCUUUCUCUCAAAAGCUGCAUGGUAGACGCCUGACGCCUGCCCCUGUGAAUCACAAGUUCGGAAUAAUGAGAUCAUGGCAAUGAUGAAGCAAUGUGCAGUCAACUUUAUUUAACCUUGCAAAUGUAGCCUAGACAUAGAAGUUGUGUACUUGAACGAACAAUCUGAAGGAUCC